CUAAGGAAUGCAUUAUCUGCCAAUUAUAAAGAGGUAUAUGGUAUAAGUGAUGGCACCAUUUCUGCUACAUGGAGAUAUCAAUGCAACCAUUUAUGAGACUCAAAAGUUCGACACCUUUUCAUCGGUACCCCUUUAUGCAAGCAUUUAUCUGGAUGAAGUAAAGAUUGAAAGCAGGCCUUUAAAAGAGCCUAACAACCCUAAAUUGGAAGAGUGUUUUUACAUUCGUUGUGCCCAUAUAGCAUCAAAUAUCGUAGUCAAAUUGGAACGUGACAAAUGGCUUUCUUAUCUUCGUGGACGAGGUGUUAUUGGAGAAGCAUAUGUGGAAGUUGAUGAGAAAAUGUUAAAUGGAGUUGAAGUAGACAAAUGGGUUGAAAUAGUUGAUGCGAGUAAAAGGCCCAUAUCUGGGGGUCCAAAGAUCCAUAUCAAACUACAAUUUUUUGAUGCUAAACGACACCAAAACUGGUCUCAAGGCAUCAAAUCUCCUGACUUUCCUGGAGUUCCUCGCACUUUCUUCUCCCAGCAUAAGGGAUGCAAGGUUACUCUUUACCAAGAUGUUCAUGUCCUAGAUGAUUUUUCGCCAAGAGUAGUACUUGAUGGAGGUAAGACUUACGAGCCUCAAAGAUGUUGGGAGGAUAUCUUUGAUGCAAUCAACGAAGCGAAACACCUUAUAUACAUCACUGGCUGGUCCCUUUACACUCAGAUUUCUCUUAUAAGAGAUCCUAAGAGGCCAAAGCAUGGUGGAGACAUAACACUCGGUGAGUUGCUCAAGAAAAAGGCAAAGGAAGAUGGAGUCAAAGUUGUGUUGCUUCUAUGGCAGGAUGGAAUAAUUUCAGUUCCAGGAAUUGGAAACUACGUCAGAACUCAGGGUACUCAUGAUAAAGAAACCCAAAGCUAUUUCAAGGACACAAAUGUCCACUGCAUUUUGUGCCCACGUGACAGUGUUUUUUACACUCAUCACCAAAAGAUUGUGGUGGUGGAUACUAAGUUGCCAAAUGGAAAGGACUCAGAUCAUCAAAGAAGAAUUGUGAGUUUCAUUGGAGGUAUUGAUCUUUGUAAUGGAAGAUAUGAUACUCAAUUUCAUUCUCUUUUUCAAACUUUAGCUGUUGAACACAGUAAAGAUUUUUAUCAACCAAGUAUUUCUGGAUCUACAAUUGAAAAGGGUGGUCCUAGGGAGCCAUGGCAUGAUAUACAUUGUAAGCUUGAAGGGCCUAUUGCAUGGGAUAUUUACUCCACCUUUGUGCAGAGAUUUCGAAAACAGGGCACAGAUCAGGGCAUGCUUCUUUCAGAAGAAAAGCUUAAGAAUUUCAUCAUUGCACCAUCUCAAGCAACAAACCCUGAUGAUGAUGACACAUGGAAUGUUCAGUUGUUCAGAUCCAUUGAUAAUACAGCUGCUCUUGGUUUUCCAGAAACUGCUAAAGAAGCUUUUGAACAUGGGCUUGUUAGUGGGGAGAACAAGACGAUAGAUCGGAGCAUUCAAGAUGCAUACAUUAAUGCUAUUCGGCGAGCAAAGAAUUUCAUAUAUAUUGAGAACCAAUAUUUCAUAGGAAGUGCUUUCGGGUGGAGUGUGGAUAACACAGAAUUUGAUGCUGUUCAUCUUAUUCCAAAGGAGCUUUCACUCAAAAUUGUUAGCAAGAUUAAGGCUAAGGAGAAGUUCAUGGUGUACGUAGUUAUUCCAAUGUGGCCGGAGGGUGUUCCAAUAAAUAACACUACUGGAACUGUUCAGAAAAUACUAUAUUUGCAGAGGAGGACCAUAGAGAUGAUGUACCAGGACAUUGCUCAAGCACUCAAGGAAGAGAAAAUUGAACAAGAUCCUCGGAAAUAUUUGUCAUUCUUCUGUCUUGGCAAUCGAGAGGUGAAGAAGGACGGAGAGUAUGUGCCUCCGCAGAGACCAGAACAAGGUUCCGAUUACCAGAAAGCUCAAGAAGCCAGACGCUUCAUGAUUUAUGUGCAUUCCAAGAUGAUGAUAGUUGAUGAUGAGUACAUAAUCAUUGGAUCUGCCAACAUCAACCAGAGAUCAAUGGAUGGUGGAAGAGACACCGAAAUUGCCAUGGGAGCUUAUCAACCGCACCAUUUGGCUACCAGCCAGGGUGGUGCAAGAGGCCAAAUCCAUGGCUUACGCAUGUCCCUAUGGUAUGAGCACCUUGGCAUGCAUGAAGACACCUUCCUUAACCCAGAAAGUGAAGAAUGUAUUAACAAAGUGAAGCAACUUGGGGAGAAGUAUUGGGAGUUGUAUUCUAACAAGGAUUCACUUGGAUCUAGUAACCUUCCUGGCCACUUGCUUCAGUAUCCUGUUGACAUUUCUGCUGAUGGAACACUCACAAAUCUCUCAGGAUUUGAGUUCUUCCCUGACACUACUGCUCCUAUUCUAGGUGACAAAAACCCUACUAUUAUAAAUCGAGUUAUUCCUAAGCCGAUAGUGGAUAUCUUUAACAAGAUCUUCACCAGGUAGCACGCAUGCAAAAAAAGUGUCCCACAAUUCUUAAAGUUCAAUUCCUUGAUCAAAAUAAGUAUCCUUUAUUCACAUCUGAUUUAUUGUUGUACUUGUCUGAUAAUGGAUACCUUUAUCUUAACUUUUGAUAUUAAAUAAAUGUUGUAUUGCUUGUACUUCGUGAAUGAAAUUUAUCCAUUUCAAAA